GUGACCUGCUGCCUCUGCCAGAUAAAAUUCAGAUUGAAAUGAUCUAUAAGACAGUGAAGCUACAUUGUGAGACAUGUCCAACAAGCACCACACAUUGUCUCGAAGAAACAGAGGGACCGUCCCUUCAUGAAGAUGCUGCAAGCCCGGAAGAAGCACACCAGCACUGAGCUCAUUAUUGAGCCAGAGACACCCUCAGACAAGAGGGUUGUCAAACAGACAGACAUCAUCAAUAAGCAGCUGGACUUCAGUGAUGAAAGCAAUGUCAUCAGUGCACUCAGUUACGUCUGGCCCUAUUUUUCAAUGGGUAACCUAGAGGAUAUGGAAUCAACAUUGUCACCAUUCACUGAACUGCUUUUUUCAAAACUGCUUAAUAAAGCUAAGCCCCCAUCUUUUUGGCGAAACAAUACAUCCAACAAACCUCACAGAAAUAGAUUAAGGAGGUAUUAUAUUCUUAAAAAUUGGUUAGGUUCACUAACAAAAAAAAAAUUGAGGCAGUCAAAAGGAAAAUAGGAGCUGGUAUGCUGAUGCAGCCUGGCCCCUUAGGAUAUCAAAAUUUUAAACACCAAAACUCUGCAGACCACCUGAAAACUGCCCAGCACAGGGAACCAGGCUGUGGAAGUCUCAGGGUAUCAGGAAAAGGCUGCGGACCACGGGCGUAAUCAUCAAGGGGCCCAAGGGCAUUAAGAAAAGGCAUCUAAAGGAGACCCUUAAAGAUCAGCUCAUCAAGAGGCAACAGAGCACCCAGCCAUCUGUGGAGGAUGCUGCCAUGGAAAGGAAGCGUGGGAGGCUGGCCCCAAGGGAGCCAGAAUGGUCUCUCAGGGCGCAGAGGCCCCAGAUGCUGGUGGGCAGCCCCUCUCACACCAAGCCCUCAUCCACACAGGCACAUAGGCUUUCUUCCCUAGGAAAGCAGAUGGAUGCUCCCCCAGCUGCCUCUGAAAAAGCCCUGUCUGGGGAGCGAAGGGAGUCCAAAACCUGAUAGCACACCAUCUUUAUUUUGGAACAGACGCAGCAAAAUCUCAAGUUAUGCAGGAUCCACUUGAUCCACUUGUAGGUAAAACUCACUUCGAGGUGGUCCACAGAGCACCCAAGGCCAAGGUGAGUUGGAAGUUUGGGAAGGAAGGCUCAUCUGGUCAACUGAUGGUUGCCAAGAGGUCCCCACUCCCUGCAGUCCGGAACCGCAUCAACUUGCCCUCGUGAGGGCUUGCGAACCCUUCCCAGGCCGACUCCACCAUGCCUGCAUUCAAUGCCAGGUCACUCGUCAAACAGACCAAUGACAUGCAGCGGGAGGUCAGCCACCCGGGGCCCGAUCUGCCCCCCACAUCGCAGAGCUCCAUGUACCCACUGCUCUUGUCCCCAGGGGACCAGUUUGAGAGUGAGCUAAACCAGCAACUGCAAUGCCUCAUCCCGGACAACAAUGUGCGGAGGCUUGUUUCCCACAUGAUCAGGACCCUAAAGAUGGACUGCUCCGAGAGCCACGUGCAGCUGCCCUGUGCCAAGCUCAUCUCCCAGACGGGCCUCCUGAUGAAGCUCCUCAGUGAGCAGGAGGCGAAGGUGGCCGAGGUGGAGUGGGACACGGAACAAUGGAGGAACAUCUACAUCAGAGAGACCACUGAGGCCCAGAGCGAGCAGAAGGGCCAGGAGUUAGACAAGGUGAGGAUGACCACAAACACAGAGGAUGCCAUGGAGGGAGAACCACAUGGAGCCCGGGGCUCCGGCACCUCUCAUCCUGGUCAUGUAACUUUGACCAUGACAGUGAUCUCACACUUUGCUCAUUUAGAGCAUGAAGCAGACCCGAUACACAAGACAAAUUGCAGAAGGAAACGCUAGUAGUGCGACCAUGUAACGCAUUAGACUUGCUCUGUUAUUUAAGAUCCUAUAGGCUCCCAACUUGGAAGAAUGGGGUAUUGAAUAACUAGCUAGCGCCCUUUCCACUACUUUGUUUUUUAAAAAUCUUGUUCUUUCCUUUUUUUAGCUCACUAAAGAAGUUCCAGGAUAUGGCUAUCAUAAAAAAACAAUUGUGGCGA